AUGGCAGCAACGCAAUCGUCAACUACGCCAUCAAAUGAAUAUUCAGACUAUGAAAGCGUUGGUUACGUCUCAGCCGAUGGUAACACCUACAUUAUUGGUGGACCAAAUAACUGCACAGUCUCGAACAACGUCCUUUAUAUCAACGGGGUGGAACAAGGAGCACUUACAGCCGAGCAACAACAACAGCUGCAACAGUAUAAAAGUGCAGUGGAACAAUGGGGUAACAGCUUCAGCAACAUUCUUAUGCAGGUGAUUUUAAUGAUACAAUGUGAAGUAAAAUACAUUUUCUUAGCAACUGCAUGUUGGGUGUGCACUGGCGAUGCUGCACUGGUAUAUGGAUAUCGUGGUAGCAAUUACCCAUACAAUGCCUAUCGUAACUUCAACAUUGGUAGUAUCAGUAAUACUGGAUGUAGUGUGCAGGUUCUGGAUUCUGUAUACCUGAUCUUUUGUUCGGCUUAUAAGAUUAGCAUUUCACCACAUACGAACUCUUUUGCACAUCUAAGAGACUCAUAA